AUGGCUCCCUCACAACCGCCCGCCGACCGCAGAAACUUCCGAGUUGCCAUCAUUUGCGCUCUACCUCGCGAGGCCGAUGCCGUCACCUUACUCUUCGACCAGUUUUGGGACGAGGUGCGCGAUCCCUACGGCCGAGCAGAUGGCGACACGAAUACCUACAUAACCGGUCGCAUCGGAGACCAUAACAUUGUUUUAGCUGUCCUUCCGAAUAUGGGUACUAAUAGCGCCGCGGCUGCAACCGCUAGCUUGCGAUCGAGCUAUGUUGGUUUAAGGCUCGCUCUCCUUGUCGGCAUAUGUGGAGGGGUCCCUUACAUUGGUGGCAGUCAUGCAUUUCUAGGCGACGUGGUAGUGAGCAAGUCCAUCACCCAAUACGACUAUGGCAGGUUGUAUCCUGGACAUUUUGCUGUGAAGAAUACGGUCGAAGACAGCCUUGCGAGAGCCAACAGAGACAUCCGAGGUCUCCUUGCCGUCUUUGAAACAGAGCUGAUGAGGGAGCGGCUUCAGGCUGAGGCUUCAGGGCACCUGAACCACUUGCAGAAAGUGGCUAGGGACAAGCGGCGGCGAGCUAAUUACCGAUAUCCUGGGACGACUGAAGACCGACUAUAUUCCUCGGACCAUGUUCACAAACACUGGGACUCGUGUGACUUGUGUGCCGAUGGCUCGGGUGCCUUCUGCGAGGCAGCCUCCAAGGCGUCAUGUGCCGACACCAAGUGUGGUUCGGCUGACCUAGUGGUGAGAGAGCAUCAUGCCCGCGACGACGAUUUCAGGCCAGAGAUCUACAUAGGUCGAAUCGGCUCAGGCAACACAGUGAUGAAGAGCGGGGAAGAACGGGAUCAAAUCGCCGCCCAACACAACCUCAUUGCCUUCGAGAUGGAAGGCGCAGGGGCCUGGGAUGAAGUCCCUUGUAUUGUUGUGAAAGGCCUCUGUGACUAUGCCGAUAGCCACAAGAACAAGGCCUGGCAAGACUUUGCGGCAGCCACGGCUGCAUCUGUGGCCAAGGCCAUCCUGGGGCGAUACGCGGCUCACGACGGGGACCGAGCUUCAAACCAGCCGAAUGAUCAACGGCCAUUGAGUGGACGAAGCGUUGCAAACAAUUCGUUUGGAAACAAUACUUUGAUUAAUCAGGGUGACGUAGGCGGAAACCUGACAUAUUGA